AUGGCAGAGCCUGCAUCGCUUCCUUUCCGAGCCGCCCACUCACUGGGCUUCAUGGUCUUGGGUGCUUCCUUGUUUGAUGUUUUGACCAAGCUCAAGAACGACACGCGCACCUUUCCCAAGAUCGAUCUCACCUUUUCCUCCGAUACCCCUCUCAAGACGACUAUCAUCGUCAGCCUUCCUAAGAACGGCUUCAGACUUCGCUUCGAUGCCCCAGACCAACGUCUACGUCUAAUCGAGAUCACCGACUUCACUCGUAUGCUCUUCACCUUCAAGGGUGGAGAGCUUGUUCCCCUACAGUCUCUAGCAAAUGGCCAAAGCUAUCUGACCUAUAAGAAGGUCUACCAGCUGUUUGGUCCUACAUAUCCUGGCGAAUACAUUCGUCUGCAAGACGCUUCCAAUAUGGGCCUCUAUGUCCUCUCAUGGCCAGGCUUAUCUAUUACCUUCCCUGUUCCCGUCUCGUCCUACAGCCCGGACAAGGACUACGCAGCUAUGCUUACCGCCUCAGCAUCGCCAGCAACAGCCAUGGCAAUCUACGAGGGCCGGUUCUGGCCUGAAGUCCGGAAGGAUCUCUUUACCCGCAUUCCGACUAAUCCUCGGAGCUCCUCGCUGCUAGGACGCCCAAAAGAAGGCCCUGCUGACGAGGUCGAACACGUGAAUGUAUACGGGGCAGGAAGAGUCGAGCUGUUGCGACGUUCCGGAUCAAAGACCCCCAUUAUCUUGAGCCAGACCACGCCACAAGAUCUGAUCACAGAACUGGGUCCACCAGAUGCUGUAAUGCCACGAUCCUCCCUGAGCGACGAGAAAGAACAGCAAACAUAUCCUAAACCAAGAGCGGCCGUUUCGUGCAGGCCCAACAAUUCGUACGGCUCGUAUCCUUCUAGCUACUCAUCCACCAAUACCGACACGUAUGAGACCGAUUUUGAUGAAGACGAAGAGACAAAUGGUGCCGAAGCUAGCGAAGCUAGCGAGCAACAAUACUACUGUUACUUCGAGCACGGGUUCGACAUUUUACUAGGCCCACCAACUGAUAUAUCUUUCCUACCCAAAGGUGCAGACGAGGCCAGUGGGGCUCCUCAAUCGAAUUUGACAGCGAUUGAUGGACACCUCACAGUCACGCAAAUAAUCUUCCACGGCAAUAUCCCAGGCUCCUAUCCCUUCAAUCGUCAUCGUAGGAGCAGGUGGUCUCUCAAUUAUAUACCCUCUUGUGAGACACUCAUUACGUCCGAAUCACUGUUCCCGUCUUUCCACCAGACACUAGUGAAAAGCUUCUCUCAUAUUUGGCCUGCUUCAGACAUGUCGGAGGGCAUGGUCAUUGUACGCAGUUGGGGCGGCGACACAGACAGUAUGACUGGAUCUGCUAUCCUCAUCAACGGCGAAUUCGACUUGGAAGAUGACAUGGAGUUCGUCAAUGGUCAAGAUGGCUGGGAGCGUGAGAAGAAGGACGAGAACGGAGACGAGCAAUGGCUACGAAACACGAAACUCUACAAGUUCCCUGGCCUGAUGUUCGAGGUGAUGCAUAACGGCGCCAUCAGUGCAUUGACGGUCUGCUGA